UUGCUCUAUUGACGGCACAGCGGCAUCAGCAAAAGCGCGCGGGAAAACUGUGUUCGGCCACCUUAAAGAUGACACAUUACCUAGGCUUAUCUGUUCCUAUCAGUAUUACACAGCACACUCUUUCGGCCGUUUAAAAAAUUGAUUAAAGGUGCUCUGCAUUUUAAAAUUACUUAAAUCGUUUACUAAACCAAUUUGAAAUUACGAAGUUUAAAGCCCGUACCCGAAAUUACCCAGCCAUCAUGAUGGACCAUAUUAUUAAGCAAAUACGUCAUGAGGGGCGUCAUGAGGGACGGACGUGUGUUUUAAUCCGAAGCGCACUAACCUCCCGAAAGCUCGGUUAUUUUUGUAUUUUAAGUCUUAUGGUUGAAGACACCAUGCUUACGCCGGCCAAGAAACGUGACCAACGUCCUUCUGAUGGAGAGAAAGUAUCUCCGGAUUCAAAAAUUCCUAGGCACAAAGAGGAUGACCACGCGAGUAAUCCGGAGAACAUGGCGGCGGCACCACAAGCUUCUCCAGAGUCUUCUUCCCCCGAGACAAAUUCUGACAUGAAAGAGAUUAAAGAAAUGCUUGCAGUUAUCCAAGGUCAAAUGGCUACAGUUCUGUCCGAUAAUAGGAAGAUACAACGAGACCUCGAAACACUUAAAGAGUCGAUGAACAUGCAGGACCGCGAGCUUAAACAAACACAGCAACAACUGACGAAAGCGGUCGCUCAGAGCGAUUUGCUAAGGAAGGAAUUGGAUGCUGCUCUUUCCAAACUCAGGAAACAGCAAGAGGAAAUCAACAGCAUGUGGUGUAAGCAGGACGAUCUUGAACAAUACUCUCGCAAAAACUCCUUGGAAUUGCAUGGAAUCCCACGCAGUACAUAUUCUUCCACCGAAGAGGCUGUGCUCAAAGUGACAAAUGCUCUCAAUGUCAUCGUGAGCCCUGAAGACAUCGAAAUAUCUCAUCAUAUACGGCUCAAGCACAGCGAAGCGAUUAUAGUAAAAUUUGUCAGCCAUAAAGUUAAAUCCCAAGUCUACAAAGCACGUACCAGGUUAAAGAAUGUAUCCUUAACUGGUCUCUUUCAAGACUGUCCAGCAUCUUCUCGAACCGAAUCAAACCGUAUACAUAUGUGUGAAAGUCUAACGGCCUACAGGCGUCAUCUCGCUAAUAAGUUAAAAACGAAACGGAGGAACAACGAACUUUUGAGUGUUUGGACGAUGGAUGGCAAGGUUUUUGUGAAGACGUCUCCGGAAGGCUCGCCAAUCAGAAUAUCCUGCGACGAAGACUUGGACAAUCUUUAAACUAUUCACUCGUCGAGGGAAGUAUAAACGUGAGAACCUGAUAACUAUGCUAUGUGUCUUUAUUAUUAUAAUUAUAGUGUUAAGGGAGGUGUUUGGAGCUUUUCGUUUUCGUUAGCCUCUUCCGUCAGGGACCGGACUUAAUCUAGUUUUUGGGAUCCAUUUAUAUUAUUUAUUUAUUUAGUUAGUUAGUUAGUUAGUUAGUUCGUUCG